AUGGAGUUCUCUACCACAUCUCAGACGACCAUCUCCCCUCAUAAUCAACAGGGUCUUGUCACCAAGCAAUAUCCGUCUGAAUCCGAGCUCGAUGGCUCAAUCGAACGUGCAGCCAAAGCUCAGAAGGCAUGGAGCAAGGUUCCGUUGAAGGAGCGGAUUGCUAUCGGAAACAAGUUCAUGGAUGAGUUCCAAAAGAUGAGCGAUGAGCUUCCACUCGAGCUCACUCUCCAAAUGGGCCGCCCAGUCUCCCAAGGUGCAGGAGAAAUUCGCGGUUUCUUGGACCGUGCUCGGUACAUGCUGUCCAUCGCAGAGAAGUCUCUUGCCGACGUUGGCCUCGAGGAUACAGACAAGCCAGGUUUCAAACGCUUCAUUCGUCGCACUCCUCUCGGUGUGGUCCUCGUCGUUGCCCCCUGGAACUUCCCUUAUCUUGUUUCUAUCAACUCCGUUCUUCCAGCCAUCGUUUCAGGAAACGCUGUCCUGUUCAAGCCCUCGCCACAAACGCCACUCACAGCCGAACGAAUCGCUCUCGCUCUUACACGGGCAGGAGUCCCAGAAGACGUUAUUCAGGUCCUUCACCUUUCUCCUCCCCUUGUGGAACACGCUAUCAAGCAUACGCUUGUCGACUUCGUCUCCUUCACUGGAAGCGUUGCCGGUGGCCAGGCUGUUGAGAAGGCCGCGGUCGAGGCCUCUGGGUUCAAGGGUGUGGCGCUCGAGCUUGGUGGAAAAGAUCCUGCGUAUGUCAGGCCAGAUGCUGACCUGGAUUACACCGCGGCGGAGCUGGUAGACGGUGCUUUCUUCAAUUCGGGACAGAGUUGCUGUGCCGUGGAGCGUAUCUAUGUCCACAAGGAUGUAUACGACGCCUUCGUGCCCAAAUUUGUUGAAAUCGUCAAGCAAUAUAAACUGGGAGACCCUACCAAGCCAGAGACCAAUCUCGGACCAGUCGUCAGCAUCGCCAGCGCCAAACGGAUCCGGAAACAAGUCGAAGACGCUAUCAAGGCCGGUGCAAAGCCACUUGUACCAGAAGAAACAUUCUCCUCCGCGGACGUGAAGACAUCGGGGGAGUCUGCGUAUGUGGCGCCUCAGGUCCUUGUUGACGUCAAUCACUCUAUGGAGGUGAUGAUGGAGGAGACCUUUGGCCCGGUUGUCGGCAUCCAAAAGGUUUCCUCUGACGAAGAGGCUGUCAAGCUCAUGAACGACUCACCGUACGGCCUGACGGCGUCCGUCUGGACCAACGCCGAGAAGAACGCCGAUUCACAGGAGGCCUUCCUCAACCUCAUUGACGAACUCCAAACCGGCACCGUUUUCCUGAACCGUUGUGACUUCUUGGAUCCUGCACUAGCGUGGACUGGCGUGAAGAACAGUGGUAGGGGUAUCAGUCUGAGCAAAUUCGGUUACGACCAGCUCACGCGGGCGAAGUCGGUGCACAUGAAGAUCAAGACUUCAUGAACGCAGGAAUGAAUGUAGGACAGAAAGCAUGCAGUGUAUUCGGAAGUAGUAUACAGAAUAGAAUGUGCUAGUACAGACAGAAAAGCGCAAGGCAGACCAGUGGUAUAUUUCGUGAGUUGAUGAGGUUCCGGAAUGGUACGCCAUCCCAUACAGGCUGCGUUGUUGAACGAAGAUCUAGAUGGGUCC